GUAACUACUGAGUCGAGUAUACCUUAUGUACUCCGUUCCAUUCAGUAUUUACUCGUGAAAAAAUCAACGCCAUUGACGAUGGCUUCUGCAACUUUCUCAAUCACCCUCCCUCACACAGUUCCAAUUCCAAAGCACUACACACAAAGGCUAACCGAUCAUCACCGACUUGCUCUGCGUUCGUUUUCACCGUCUCGUCGGCGACAUUUUUGUCUUAAAUCCAAGGGCUCAAGCUCAACUACCUACAUAUCAGGCCCAGGUGCUGAUGUAAUAAUCUCCGAGAACGAUCCAGAGUUUCAAGACUCGGAAUCGGAAUCGGAAUCGCAGCAGUCGACGAAUUUGAUAAGUUGGGGUCUAAUAUGGAGUCUUGUAGCUCGCCACAAGUUGAGACUUGCGGCUUCGGUUAUCACUCUCGUCGGUUGCACCACUUGCAUUCUCACCUUGCCCUUGUACAUUGGGAGAUAUUUCGAAGUACUUACAGGAGUGAGACCUGAACCUCUAUGGAAGGUGCUCAGUAAGAUGGGACUUCUGUAUACAUUGGAGCCAAUUUUCACGAUUAUUUUCGUUUCAAACAUGAACACCAUAUGGGAGAAGGUUAUGUUAAGCUUAAGAGCUCAGAUAUUUCGAAGGGUAUUGAUUCAGAAGGUGGAGUUUUUUGACCGAUACAAGGUUGGUGAACUCACUGCUUUAUUGACAUCAGAGUUGGGUUCACUUAAAAAUAUUGUGAGUGAAAACACUUCCAGGGACCGUGGUUUCAGGGCACUAUCUGAGGUGGUUGGGACAAUAAGCUUGCUGUUUGUGCUGUCGCCCCCACUCGCACCAAUUCUGUGCCUUCUUACACUUACUGUGUCUGUUUUAGUUGCUGUGUACAAGCGGUCAACUGUGAGUGUAUAUAAAGCGCAUGGAUUGUCCCAAGCUUCUAUCGCCGAUUGUGUAAAUGAAACUUUUUCUGCUAUUCGUACUGUAAGGUCAUUUGGUGGAGAAAAACAUCAAAUGUCAAUGUUUGGUAGCCAGGUUCUUGCUUAUCAGACUAGUGGCAUAAAGCUUGGAAUUUUCAAAUCCGUUAAUGAAUCACUGACUAGGGUUGCGGUUUAUAUAUCUUUGAUGGCCUUAUAUUGUCUGGGAGGAAGUAAAGUAAAGGCGGGUGAACUCUCUGUGGGAACUGUGAUUGCAUUUAUUGGGUACACCUUCACUUUAACCUUUGCUGUUCAAGCGCUGGUUAACACAUUUGGAGAUCUUAGUGGAGCUUUUGCUGCUACAGACAGGAUUAACGCUGUUUUAUCUGGGGCUGAAAUUGAUGAAGCUCUUGCUUGUGGUUUAGAAAAAGAAAUCAAGGAAAAAGAAGUGCAUGAUAAACAUUUAGGAAUGUUCUUUGAUAAUGGUUCCUAUCGGAAAAGACAAUCUCUAAAAGUGGGUCACAUGUGGUCCUUAAAUUCAGCUAGCAACGUACACAGCCUUGCAGAGUCUGGUGAUAUUUGUCUUGAAGGUAUAACCAAAUAAACCAAUACACUCUUUUACUUGUUUGGGGUCAUUGUGAAUCCCAGAUCUACCUAAUGCAUUUUGCAUAAUAAGAUUUCAAUUCUUGUUCACCUUUUAAGACCAUGUAUUUUUAUAAGCAAUCUAAUUGAGAGAUAACUAUAAUUCCGGUAUGAGUUUGAUGAGGAUAUCCAUUUUUUGAGACUGGAAACCCUAUCCGUAUAUGAUUACAGCUCUCUUAGUUUUGCGAAAUUAGUACAACUAUGCAGUCAGAUUUGUUAGCAU